AAUUAUUUUAUUUAAUUUGUUUUUUAAUCUUUUACAGAUGGCACGUCAGGACAAGGGGAAAGGGCUUAUGGGUUCUUCUUCGAGUUCGGAUAAAAUUCCGAAGAUUAAAUUUCGGUAUGGCGGGCAAGGCGCGACUGAAGCCGAGGCGGAAGCGGAACGCAUUCGUAUGACUGCAUCUCAUCGUCGUAGGAGAGUUAUGGAGCGCGACACUGGUUUACCGGUCGUGGACGAGAUUCCCCACAUAGAUCAGAGUUCUAGAUCUAUGGCGGGUAGCAUUCGAUCUGUAGGGGCAGAUUCUGGUAUCCCCUACGAGGGACACGAGGAGGAGCAUGACCAUGUUGAGAGCGAUUAUGAUGAUGUUCCCGUCCCGGCCGCGCGCGCACGGAAGUCUCGGUACGAGUUUGACACUUUCAGUGGCCCACUUGAGUUACAUGGUCCGGCUCCAGGAGGACCGACUGAUUGGAGGAUGAUUCCUAGUUUUAAGAGUCAUAUUGCCUACUACAUUUGGGCAGGACAUGUAAGUUUAAAUAUAUUUAUUUUUAUAUAUUUUAAAUAUAUUUAUUUUAAUAUAUUUUGUCUGAUUAAAUUAGAAAUUCUACAGGAGCGCAGCGUGGGGCGAUGUGAGUCAAGGAUUACUGCGCUUAAUGCUUUUAGGAAACAUGAGUUGAAGCAACUCAUGGCUCCUUACGGGCAGGAUGAGUUAGAGCUAUUGGAGGCAUCUGGCCUAGACUCACUCGAGUACUUCUACAUUAAAAAUGUAGACAAGGGACUCAUGGGGGCAUUUAUAGAGAGGUGGCAGCCGGAAACGAACAGUUUCCACAUGCCUUGGGGUGAGAUGACGAUCACCCUACAUGAUGUCCAUUUGAUUUUGGGGUUGCGUGUUGACGGUUUAGCGGUGCACGGUGAUUCUGUUGAGGAGAGGCCUAUGAGUGAGUUGUUGCUAGCUGAGGUUCUUGAUUUGGACAUGGUCGAGGCGCAUGCCAAGCUCGGCAACCCCGGAGUCGAGCUGAUAUUGAAUGGUGUUCACACCACCGGUAGAAGCAUUAAUCCAACCCUUCGACGAUUUAUGAGCACUUUCCACCCUGUUAAUAGCCAUUAAAAUAACAACUAAUAAAUAAAAACGCCCACAAUAUAAUAUAAAAUACAAGACGAUAAUGAAACCCAACAUACCUAGAUGUCGACGUGUUCCCAAAAUGCAAAAUCUUAUUAGUCCAUGCUUUGACGAAUUUGUGCUUGUAAAUUAGCCAAG